AAGAUAGUAAAAAUGUUCGUAUGGGGUUAAACUCCAGGUAGUCAAUACUGAUGGUAGAUAUAAUGAGGCGACCGGCUGUCAUAAUUUCACAAAGUUGCUGACUAUAUUUGAACAUAGUACUCACAAGUUUUUCCGAGAGGGAAGUAGCUAAGGUACUGAAGAAAAUGAAGAAUAAAUUUGCAUGUGGGUCAGAUGGCAUCCCAUCAUUUUUAGUUCAUGACUGUGCUUCUGUCAUCUCUCAACAUCUGACAUCGAGAUUUAACCUAUGCUUAAAGACUAGUACAUUUCCUGACAUUUGGCGUAAAUCAAAGAUGACUAGAAGGUUUAUUACGUUGUCGAAAGCAGCGCGGAUUUUGCACGACAGCAGGGCGACAUCGGCAAGGUAUUAAAAUGGUUAAAUACUCCCAAUCCACAUCAGUGAAGUCAAUUUUGGCCAAAGUAAAUCCU